ACAAGAGUCGAACAAAAACUUUCUAGUUCUAUAUAACGUAACUCGACUCAAACAAAAUAAAUAGUUUUGCCAACUAGAAUUUUGAAGAUUUUUGGAUAAUUAAUUAUGAAUUCAAGGAUCGUAAGAAAAAGUACCAAAUUACUAAAACUAUCUUUUUUAACUCCAGGAAAUUUAUUGUUGACUCCUGUACGGCAUAAAAUAUUCAGUCCCUCAUACGUUGCUCCGAUUGUUAGUCGUGAGAAAAUCAAACAACUUCAAGAAACUGGAGAGAUUUCAAAACUUGCCCAUGUACCGAUAUUACCAGCGACUAACACUGAGAACAUAUCUGUGUAUAAUGAUCCAAUUAUACAAAAGUUUACCAACUAUCUGAUGAGGGAAGGGAAGAAGCUUCGAGCUCAAAUUUUGAUGCUAAAGUGCUUUGAGCGUAUCAAACGUAUACAAGUCAAGAGAUACCACAAGCAGGAGGACCCAGUGGAGCGAGCCAAGAUUGAGGUGGACCCUUUGAAGAUAUUCCAUGCGGCAGUCGAGAACUGUAAACCACUUUUACAACUGACUGCCGUUAAGAGGGGAGGGGCUACCUAUCAGGUCCCCAAACCAAUCACACCAAACAGAGCUUCAUUCCUCGCCAUGAACUGGUUGAUUGAAGCAGGAAGAGACAAGGAUCGCUCUAUAUUAUGGUCCGAUCAGAUGGCUCAGGAACUUAUUAAUGCUGCCAGCAACAAGGGUAGGGUGAUAAAGAAAAAGCAAGACCUACACAAGAAUUGUGAAGCCAACAGAGCCUACGCACAUUACAGAUGGGGCUAAAGUGAGAAUAGACACUUGUCAAACUUGUAAAUAUAUUUGUAACCAUUAGUAUCUUUGAUCCAUU